GGCGGCCCGGCCCCUCCCGGCUCCAUGGCGGCGCCUUAAACAGGCGGCGGGGCCGCCCCCGCCCGCCUCAGAGCGCGGCGCCGGGAGGCGAGACACUGACCGGGAGGGGACUGAGUGCCCUGGAGGUGCUGCCAACACCCCGAUCCUGCUGCAGAGCCGCCACCCUCGCCAGCCUUCCUCCUCCUCCUCCUCCUGCUGCCCUCGAGGGCCUGGAGCAGCCGGCUGAGCUCUGCGUGCAGCCAGCAGGAGCCUGGGCGGUGCCGGGCCCGUCUGCCCCGUCCUGAGCACCAUGGCCGGGAACGCUGAGAUGGCAUCCCUGGAAGAGAGCUUCCGCAAAUUCGCCAUCUACGGCGACACCAAGGCCACGGGGCAGGAGAUGAACGGCAAGAACUGGGCUAAGCUGUGCAAAGACUGCAAAGUCACCGACGGCAAAAGCGUCACCAGCACCGACGUGGACAUUGUCUUCUCCAAGGUGAAAGGGAAGACAGCCCGUGUCAUCAACUACGAGGAGUUCAAGAAGGCUCUGGAGGAGCUGGCCCCCAAGAGGUUUAAGGACAAGAGCAAAGAGGAGGCGUACGAAGCCAUCUGCCAGCUGGUGGCAGGGAAGGAGCCCAUCAACGUGGGUGUGACGAAAGCCAAGACAGUGGGAGCCGUGGAGAGGUUGACGGACACCUCCAAGUACACGGGCUCCCACAAGGAGCGCUUCGACGAGAGUGGCAAGGGCAAGGGCAAGAGCGGCCGGGAGAACAUCGUGGACACCAGCGGCUACGUCAGUGCCUACAAGAACGCGGGCACCUACGACGCCAAAGUCAAAAAGUAGGGACGGGUGCCCGUGGCGCCACCGCCCCGGUCCCUGCGCGCCGGCCGCGGCUCGGUGCCCACCCAGGGACGUGCCCGUGAGCCGGGGCCCGGGGGGCAGCGCUGGGGCCCGGGGGGCUGCGCUGGGGCCCGGGGGCAGCGCUGGGGCCGGCCCGGGCUGGCGGGGUGUCGGCUGCCCGGCCUGGGGGCGCUGGGGAAGUCGCCGGGCCGCGAUCUCGGCCCCAGCGCCGCGCCCGUCCCCGCUGCGCUGUGAUCCCGCCGCCCCUCCCGCGUCCCCCGUGUGUCACCCCAGCCCCACACCGCACUAACAGCGCUGCUCCUCAGGGCUUCCCUGCCCCGCCGGCGCCCAGACCUUCCCUACCUCAGCCCCGGCUUUCGGGGCACUUCCCUCGUCCCACGGGGACCGCCGCCCGUGCUCCCCUCCGGGGCCCUGCCUUAACCCCGCGCCAGUCCCGCCACAGCCGCCUCCUCCCCUCCCCUCGGGGCUGCCCGGCACUCGAGGCUCAGACCCUGCGGUGCCGGAGCUGCCGGGAUGCUCCUGGCCCAGGAGAGAGUUUGGUGUCGCCUGGCCAUCGGCAAAGGUGUCCGAGCCGAACCCCCGUGGCGCCCCGCUCCCUUCGUGAAGCCCAAACCAAAGGAUGCUGCAGGCCCACGCUGUAACCCGGCUCUGCAAUAAACCCCGUCCGCACUGA